AUGGUUAAUGGAGUAUGCCCAGCUGAGUGGAGUCAACCUCGAAAACGGUUAUGUGUUGUUCUUAUUACAGAAAACAACGAUUCUCAUAAUUUCGCUCGCACUGCCUUCCGCAAUAUUGCUCUUCAAGCUGAAUAUAGCAUAGAGAGAGUCCGAUUUGCAUAUAUAUUCAAGGAAAAACAACAGGAGUUUAUUAAUGCGAUUUCCAAGGGAGCCGAAGCAGACCAGCUGUGCCCUAUAGUAAUUAUUUGGCGAUAUGAUCAAACUCACAUAAAAUACGAGUGGGUUAAGGGAUCGCAUCUUAACAUGGAUUUCAACCUAUAUGAUUCUAAUGAGCAAGUUAUAAACAUAACUAGACGUUACAUUGACAACACCAUCCAAAGACUUCUGAGGACAAGUGAAACAUUCAGCUACGAAACUUUUGUCAAAAAUCUCUUUGACGAACAUGCACAAAGCUUAAUCAACAGAUGGUUAUCCAAGGUCGAGUAUAUAAGUGAAUAUUUGAUUGACAACCUGGAGAAGGAACAUAUAUUAGCGUUGUUGUCUCUGCUGGGAACUAUUAUAUUUAUGUUUGUUGUGGGCUAUGUUAUGAUUUAUUUUGUUCGGGUCGAAGAAGAAAACUUAAAACAAAAGGGACACUUGAAUGGAAGCAACUCUACUUCUCUGAAGCAUAACCGCAGCCCUCCGGAGUUGAAAUUACAUGAACUUAGAGCUGAAAAAUAUAAUGGCAUGGUUCGGUUGUUGAAACCGGGAUGUAGAACUAUAAUUUUACUUACCGAUAUAAAAACGCGACCUAAGCUAAUUCCUUCUUUUCACAAAGCUGUCUGGCCUUACCGGAAAUCCAAAACACUAUUAUUCGGUCAUAUGCUUAUUGAAAAGGGGCUGUUAUGGUAUUCUGAAAUGCUAAGGUUGUCUUUGUGCGAAUCAAAGACAUUUAAGAUUAAUCCCCGGAACUGUGUUGGUACCGUAAUUGCUUUGAAUGGUCACAGAAAAUAUUUUUGCAUGUACCACGCUAAACACCCAGAGACGAACAGUGAUAGAAAGCGGUUAAUGAAAAUGAAGAAACAUCUUGAGCGAGAUACUACCGAUCCGGAAAUAGGGGCAUUUGUUGAAGUUCAUUCAGAUGAGUCGGACUGCGAGCAAAAAAUCUUAUUAGAGGAAAAUCUUUUGGAUGGUUUAAGUAAUUGGUUGGACAGGUUAUUUGAAGGAUCUACUCAUAGAUACAGUGUCAAUUACUGGCCAGAUUUUCCAACUAAAUAACUUUCUAAUGUUGUUUGAAAUUAAAAAUACUUGUUUUUUCAUGCCGUAAAAUAAAUUGUACAAGUUGCCAUAGGACUUGAAACUUUCUUAACGGUAUUAAUAACUUACAUAAGUUAUCUAUGUAUAUAUAAUAUAA